UUCGAAAUUAUAAUAUUUAAACCUAUCAAAGAUGAACUCAAAAAUGUUUAAAAAGACUUUCACAGAUUUGAAAAAGGCUUACUCAAAAGACAAAAGACCUAAUGGCCGCGAGCCACUUGAACAAGAGAAAGAAGAAAACCUACAAUCUGUAUUAUCCAGAGUUAAAGGAAUUAACAAGACAGCUUCAGAUACAGAAGGAUUCAAGAAUAAAUAGCCUCAAAGACGUUCCAGAAUGGAAAAGAGCAAAGUUGAUUUCUCUCGACAGAAAGUAUGCUAAAGGAAGGACAGAAAAAUCUUUCAAGAAGUUCAAGCCAAGCCCUAUCAAAAACGAUAAAUCAGAAGCUCUUAAGAAGAAGUUUGGAGACAGACUCGUCCUUAAGAAGGAUUAUGGCAAGAGUAUACUUAAAUAAUCUUCUAAAGAUAGUAUAAAUAGGAUUCAAAGGGAUCAAGGUCAGAUUUAGUUUACAUUUCAUAGUUAGGGUUCUAUUGAU